GGUUCGGAAUCAAUAAAGCAAUAAUAUUUAAUAAUUUAAUUGCGUGAUCGAAGCAUACGCGCAACUAUAAGACAUAGUUAAAAUAUAUUAUAAAGACUGUUAAAGUGUGCUAAAUUUAACACAAAACAGAGUAAAUCAUUAUUAUUAAAUAUUAAAAAAUGGACGGUCUUAAUUUCGUCAUGGAUCCAAAUGAUAAUCAAGUUGACGGAACUUCAGACUUAUCAAUUCACAUAAGUGAUGUCAUUGCUGUAAUUGAGAGUACAGAUCCAUCAGCACAAGGAAUGUUUCCAAAUGAUUUAAAUUCUAUUGCACCAGUAGCAAAUCAUUCACCAAUAAACGGAAUUUCAGCAAAUAUGCCACCACAACAGUCACAUCAGAGUAAUGAUACUCCAUAUGCAUCCAUCCUUGAACAGCCAGCAUCAAAGGCACUUCGCUUUCGAUAUGAGUGCGAGGGACGAAGCGCUGGAAGUAUCCCAGGUGCUAAUAGUACAUCCGAUAAUAAAACAUACCCAACAAUUCAAAUUGCAAAUUAUGUUGGACGAGCUGUUGUUGUUGUUUCGUGUGUUACCAAAGAUUUUCCAUACAAACCCCAUCCCCAUAAUUUAGUCGGCAAAGAAGGAUGUAAGAAAGGAGUGUGCACACUUGAAAUCAAUACUGAUGACAUGAAAAUGGUUUUCAGUAAUUUGGGUAUUCAGUGUGUAAAGCGACGUGACAUUGAAGAAGCUUUAAGAGUUCGCGAAGAGAUUAGAGUCGAUCCGUUUAGAACUGGUUAUGCUCACCGUAGUCAACCAUCAAGUAUCGAUUUAAAUGCGGUUAGAUUAUGCUUUCAAGUGUUCUUGGAAGGUCAACAGAAAGGAAAAUUCACCGUUCCAUUAAAACCAAUUGUAUCGGAUCCGAUCUAUGAUAAAAAGUCCAUGUCAGAUUUAGUGAUAACAAAAUUGAGUCACUGUAAUGCUUUCUGCAAUGGCGGACAGGAAAUGAUUUUGUUAUGUGAAAAGGUUGCAAAAGAAGACAUCCAAGUCAGAUUUUACGAAGAAAUUAUGAAUCCCGAGGAGGCAUGGGAAGGCAAUGGUGAAUUUCAGCAUUCGCAAGUCCACAAACAAGUAGCCAUUUCGUUCAGAACGCCAAGGUACAAACGUAUAGACAUAGCAGAGCCUGUUAAAGUAAAAAUUCAGUUAAGACGUCCAUCAGACGGCGCAACAAGUGAUCCAUUAGAUUUUGAGAUGCUUCCACUUAAUGAAGAACAAAAUGAGAUAAGACGUAAACGACAUAGAUCUAGUGAUGAUGCAGCAUUAAAUUAUUUUAAACAAUCGCCAGGACACCACAUCGAUCAUCAACAAAACUACGGAGGAGGCUUCAUAGCUAUCCAGGAUCAAGUGAAAAUUGAACCUCGAGAUCAAGCAUCGCCAUACAUAUUUUAUCGUAUACCACAAGCUACCCCAUCUCCAACACCAUCAAAUCAAAAUCCAGUAUCACCAUCACCAAUUUUUAUGGCUCAAGUCAGUCCAUCGCCUGCAUCACCAUACAAUCAACAAACAGCUGUAAAUAAUGGCAAUAACAACACAAAUAAUAAUAAUAAUAAUUUAGAAAGUAUCCUGCAAAAUCAACUCCAACAGCCGAGAACGCCCGGAAGUAACAUAUUCCAGCAGAAUCAGCACACGAAUCAAAUGUUUACUCCAAACAUUCCACCAGCAUACACGAUUGACACAAAUGGAAACAACUCAAUAUGGACAAAUAAUUUAAACGGCUUCAACGGACCAACGACGAGUCGUGCAGCAUUUAAUAGCAUAUCAAUGCAAUCGCCACUGUUUAGUCAGCCAUUAACUCCAUUGACAGCAACACCAGUUUCAAAUUUUAACAUCAAUAAUAAUAAUAAUGAGCCGAAGAGUAAUUUUAGCAGUCUACUCGAUUUAGACAGUCAACAAUUACUCAAUAAUCUUAGUGGGGAGCUGAAGAAUUUGUCGUUCGGUGACUUUCCAAUGGAAUCAUUCUCAAAUAAGACAGAUAAUGAUCGAAGCAAUAUUAAUGAUGGUAUCAGAAAAUGAUGAAAGCAAUAAUAAGGAACUCAAUUUUUUAUAUUUAUGUUAUAUGUUAAUUCAUUGUGGAUUAUCAAAAAAUCAAGCAUGAUAAUCGAUUUUGUCAACACAAUUUUUAUCGUUCUUUUACAAAUUGAGAUGAGUGAUUUUUUUUACAAUAAAAAUGAUAUUGUCGUUAUGCCUUAACAAAUAGAUGCU